AUGAAGACAAUUAACAAUUAUAAGAAUCCUUACAAGAAGAAAUCUAAUCUUGACAACAUUGUUGAUCAACUGUGCACACAACUUCAGGACAUCAAAGAUCAAGAAAGUGAAGCAGGUAUAGGCAUGCCCACGUGUUCAUUUGAAGAAACUGAGGCUGUUCGACGAUAUUAUGAUGCAUUUCCGCCUUUGAAUAAAGGUAGAGAGUCGCCUUUACCGUAUUAUCUCCCACCGCCGGCGUGGUGUCGUAAAUCAUCACCUGAUACAAAUAUCAAAAUGCAAAGCGAGCAAUCAUUGUCGAAAGAUUGGAAUUCCAAAAACAAGAAGUCGUCUUCGGGCAAAGAACGACGUAAUUCGUACCACGGCCAGAGAAAGAACAAUAAAAAACGAAGCAACAGUUACAGUAGGUCAUUUGAAAGCAAAGAAAGUUUACCAGAGUGGGUAACGCAUGAGGGUGUCUGGGAUAUAGAAACGCAAGACCCCGUGAAGGAGUUUAUUCGAGCCAUAGCAUUAGACGAGGGAUACGCGACUUGUGAAAACACCGUCACGGACGAGAUCAAAACAUUAAGACAGGGAAAAUUAAGUAUGAACGAAAACGUGGUACCGGAGUGGGACGACGGCCUCGACCUCGACGCUGAGUGGGUCAUCACUGAGGAUCUCAAUCCACGGGUUCGCACGCCCACGGAGGAAGAGCUGUACGCAAAAUUCCAAGCGAAGUUCGACAGCAGCAUCGAAGCUCUAUGGUCGAAAGAACAGAACACUCCCGACGAUGAGUAUCAAGAUCUCCCCAUCGACUUCCAGGACCUGCUGUCGUCCCCCUCCGACCGCCUCUUUGCCGUUCCGUCCGCCGAAAAGUGCAGCCUCAUAUCCCUCACCGAGAGCAUCUGGUCCAUCGACGCGGCCGACUUCCCACCAGCUCCCGGCCGCGGCCACUCGCCCGCGCUGCACGACCGUCUCCGCCCGCUCAAUCUCACCGACGUCGUCGAGCCUCAGCCGCGGGAGCUCGAGUCUUUCGCGUUGUACGAGGACGAGGAGCUCUACGACGCCGUCGCCAGCGUCGCGAACACCAUGCGCUCCUACGCGGCGAUCAAUCACAGCCGCGACUGCAGCGGCUUCGCCGAGGUACCGCCGAGACGGCACCGAGACCCGCGCCGGUCGCCUCCCGCCCCCGCCCCCGCUCCGACCCGCGAGCCGCCCCGCCGCACUCCGUCUCGGCCGCGCGAAGACUUGCUCACUUCGGCGCGCACGCACUUCCGGCCGAUCCGGCGCGACUCCGACGCCGAGCCGCCGCGCUACGCUGACGGCGACACGUUCGACAUCCGCGGCGACCCCGACCUAGUCGAGUUUCGCCGCAGCGAGUCCGGCGGCGCAUACCUGGGCUCGUCUCUCGAGCGCUACCUGGAGUACCGCGGCGCACGCGGCAUCGACUACGGCCGUCUCAACCUCACGGCGGAGCAGCGCUGCCCCGACCUCGACGAGCCGGGCCUGCGCCUGCGCUUCCCGCUGCGCCAGCUCGACGUCGGCACGCAGACCGAGAACAGCGCCGAGGACUCGGGCGCGGCGCGGGGCUGGGAGGCGUGCGAGGAGUGCCGCGCCGCCAAGCGCAUGCGCGCUAGCGCCGCGCGCUCUAUUUGGUCGGAGCGCGCUUGUCGCGCCUGCGCCGCGCCGCGCGCCGAGCCGCUGGCGCCGCCGCCGCCCGCCGACGAGCUGUCGCGCGACUGGGAGGAGCUGCUGUCCGACAUCAGCGCGGCGCACGCGCAGUACGCGGGCGGCGGCGAGGCGGACGAGGCGCGCGCCGACCGCAAGCGGCGCCACAGCGCGGCGCUGCGCUGCGCGGCGCAGUGCACGCACCCGCACGCGCGCUUCCUGCCGUGCUGCACGCUGGCGCUCGACCGCCCGCUCACGCGCUAG